AUGCCACAGUGUGUGCAAGUCACCCUGACUUGCUGCCGGACACGUACUCUUUUUGUUGACAAUGAUGCUGGGGAUGGAGGUGGUGCUGCUGAUGCUGGGGAUGGAGGUGGUGCUGCUGAUGCUGGGGAUGGAGGUGGUGCUGCUGAUGCUGGGGAUGGAGGUGGUGCUGCUGAUGCUGGGGAUGGAGGUGGUGCUGCUGAUGCUGGGGAUGGAGGUGGUGCUGCUGAUGCUGGGGAUGGAGGUGGUGCUGCUGAUGCUGGAGAUGGAGGUGGUGCUGCUGAUGCUGGAGAUGGAGGUGGUGCUGCUGAUGCUGGAGAUGGAGGUGGUGCUGCUGAUGCUGGAGAUGGAGGUGGUGCUGCUGAUGCUGGGGAUGGAGGUGGUGCUGCUGAUGCUGGAGAUGGAGGUGGUGCUGCUGAUGCUGGAGAUGGAGGUGGUGCUGCUGAUGCUGGGGAUGGAGGUUGUCCAGAUGCUGAAUUUUUACACAUUUUAAAAUGUUGCAUCGCCUAUGCUGAGGUUUUGUGA